UCAGCCUCAAUCAGUUUAGCACAAUGAAAGAUUUCCGUUUCCCUUCAGCGAAAGACGAUACUACCUUCUCAGCUUGCAUCAUGAUGCUGUAGCUCCUCGUCAGAGAAGCUGAUUGCCGUCCCUGCUGGGCGGAAAAUACCUCAGGACAGCCUUUGCGCACUCAUCAUCACAAUGCAUCCGAUCCCUGUGUGCUCCUUUAGUGGUGGAGACAUAUUUGACUGCAUUCAAAGAGGAGAUGUAGAACAGUGUAUACUUUUCGUGCAACRAGCUCGAUCAGUGCUCAAACAGAAAGGCUGGGGAGGUUUCAGCCCGCUCCAUUACGCUGCCCUCCAUGGAAACCGUACCCUGGUGGACUUCUUCCUCAGCAGCGGAGCGGACCCCAACCUGACCAGCGAUGCGGGACAGACAGCUUUUCAUUUCGCCUGCAGGCAAGGAAACAUCUAUAUCAUCCAUAAAAUGAUGCAACACGGAGCAGAUUUACGCCUCAUAGACCUGCAGAGGAAAACAUCCAUGCAUCAUGCUGUUACUGGGGGCAGCAUAGUUGCAGUGCACUAUUUGUGGGAGACGGGGAUGUUCCGCUUCUCGGACACAGACAUGUACCAGCUGACGCCGCUUCACCUGGCUGCGUCCACCGGCAACAUAGACAUGGUCCAGUAUUUGCUGAAAGACCAGCGAUGUGCCGUGGAUUCGGUCGACCAGCAGGGAGCAACAGCGCUCCACAUCGCAGCAGAGAGAGGCUGCGUGGAGGUGUGCUGGACUCUGCUGCAGAAGGCCGGCUGCAGGAUGCUUCAUCAGAAGAACCACAGCGGCCUCACUCCGCUGGAUCUCAGCCAACAGGGGAAAACAUUCAGACAUCAGCAACUUACCAAACUACUGAGGUGGUACAUUAACAAGCCAAUACAUCACAAGCCCAGAGAAUCUCAUGUUCUGUACUACUGGACGUUGUUCUUUCCGUCUCUGAGUGGAGCAGCCAUCCUGCUGAUUGCAGCCAUGUUGGGGGGUUACGGGGGACUCAUCUGUGCGCUCCUCUUCCCUUGGCUGGCCAGAAGCAUUUUCACACAGUACCACCGUAUGACCACAUACCAAAGGUUGCCCAAUCCGAUAUACCUGGGAACGCUGCUCGCUGGUUUCUUUCAUUCGCUGCUCUGCUUCUAUGGGAAAAUGAUGCCUAGUGUGUGGCCGACCGGUGUUUUGGCUCACGUCUCAUUGGUCCACUUCUCCAUACUGCUCAGCCUGUUCUUUAAGGUUCUGACUCAGGACCCUGGGGCACUGGACGGAGCAGACGCAGACCCUCGGUUCUCCUGCAUCGCCGACCUGGUGGAGAACAACCAGAAUCCCCAAAGGUUUUGUCCGUACUGUGAGCUGUUCCAGCCUGACUGCACAAAGCACUGCAAGCUGUGUGACGUGUGCAUCAAAGACUAUGACCACCACUGCCUUUUUCUCAACCGCUGCAUUGGUCAGAGGAACCACAGACUCUUCCUCUUCUUCAUCCUCUCCAUGGCUGCUGCCAACCUCCUUUUUGUCGCCUCGGGGAUAAGUUACCUGUACAGUAAGAUGUCGGUAGGCAGCCACGGCUUGUCGAUGUGGCUCAGGUUGUUGGGGGAGGAGUUCUGGGUCGUGGUUUUGAUGAUCAUGAACGCCCUGACGCUCCUUUGGGAGGUGUGGCUUUUGAUUGAGCAGUUUGAUGCUGUUGCCACGGGCACGACCACUUACUUCAGACACUGUGACAGCUCGGGACGACAGAGGUCGUUAGGGCAACGCUGCGUGAUCGUUUUGGCAUUUCUCCUGGAGGGACGGCGAUCAGUGGGAGGCAGACAAAUCAAAAAGGAUAAAACCACUGUUGACAUUUAAACCCAUUUUAAAAACUUUUUCACUGUUUCUCAUGUCAUAAUUCAGUUUCAGUAUUUCCAGAAAUGUGUGUUCUUGGCCUCUUUUAUUCACUAGGCUUUAAAUAUAAUGUGACAUAUCGUACUUGAAUGUAAUAUAGAGACUCCACAUUAAAAUGUUUUUAAAGGGA